CCACGAUGCUGCUGCCCGUGUUGCUCAUCACCUUCUUGGCCGCAUUCAGCUCCGUUGGUGAUGCUUCCGUUCGGGUAAACGCUAGAUGCGGCUUCCAUAUCACGGCAUCGGGAGGCUUCAAUGGCUCCAUCGGGGAGUUGCAAAACGGCCAAAUAAGAGGAAGCGAUGAGCUAUCGCCGACGCUCUUCACUUGGUUCGGGGAUUCUUUCACGGAUCAGCAGGGCAGGGGAUGCUGGUGGACGCGUAUGACCUCCCCAACGUCUGCUCUCCAGUGCGAUUGGAACCAACGGCCGGAUCACGGCUUCGAGAUUGGCUGCUAUGGUGGUCUAUCGUAUAGGGACCAGUCCACAUUCUACGAGUGCUGCACCGGCGACGGCGACGAGGUCGACAUCUACCUUGAGCCCAAUGGCGUCAGGUGCUCCGAAAUCACACUGCACGCCGACAGCUGCCAGCCCCCGUGCGCCGAAGAAAACUCUUCUUUUUCAUUACAAUCGCCGUCGUCUUCUACUUCCGCGUCCCCUACUACUACUACUACUACUACUACUACUACUCGGACACAUGCCCCCACUACAAGCAUAACGGGAGAAGGCGGACAGAGUUCAAGCCCCAACCCGCAAACACCAAAACCCACACCCACCACCUCCCCGCCACCAACAGCCAACACCCCGCCCACCAUCGCCGGCACCUGCGCCGUGCUCCUCGCCCAGGGCCCCGACCAGAUCAUCCUCGUCGACGCCGGCAACCCCGACACGAGCUACGGCGCCAACCCGGACAUGCGCGUGCAGCUGUCGCCCAACGCCUCGGCCAUCUUCGUGUUCGGCUUCGACGCGGCGGACGCGGGGAAGCAGUGCGCGCUGGUGUUCGACCUGCCGGCGCCGGAGCAGGGGCGGUCGCCGUAUUACUCGUUGACGGGCCAGGGGGCGGUGCGCUUUGCGGUUCUGGACGGUCCUGGAGAGUGGAUGGAUGGUGGUACGGGGACGGGAAAGGGAAAGGGAAAGGGAAAGGGAGGUAGUACGACGUAUAAUACGAGGCCGAAGGUCGCGAUGCCGCUGGAGAAGGCGGUACUUGUGCCGGGGGUCGGGAUCGAGCCGCUUUCGUUCCCGUGUCCUGGGGUAGAGGCGGAGGUCGCGUUUGAGAUGAGUGAUGAGCCCGGCUCCGAUACGUGUUUGGAGUAUAGGCAGGAUUGGCCGGGGGUUUUGGUGGGGUUGUAUGUUGUUAAGUGUUAAGUGUUGAGAUGUGAGAUGUGAGAUGGUGGAUGUGGAAAGGGGUGUGUGAGUCUAUCUCCCUUUUGGAGGUGGGAAAGGGGGGCAUUUUGGAACUUUAGGACUUGGGGUCUUUAUGGGGUUAGAAGUUGGUGGUGGAUAUGCUACUCUUUAUUUACCUAUUUUGGGGGCUGUUUUACUUCGAGGUCAAGGUCACCUACUAUGGUGUUAUGUUUUGGAGCUUUUUGGGGCAAUGUUGGGUUGUAGGUGGUUAUAGUCUCGGUUGUGGGGAGGUAUAAAGGUGCACAAUAUCUGCCCGCAUAUUCAUGUGGU